AAAGAAAAGAAGGGGACUGUGUGGGCGUUAGGAAACAGGAGAGUUUUACAUCAAGCUGGUGUGCUGAAGUGAUGCAAGUUGAUUUUUGGUGAAAAACUUAAAGAAAGUCUGUGCUCACAGGUGAUUUCCAGCUGUGUGGUGAAAAUAUCCGACAUCAUAUUGGGAUCAUGUGGCAGUUUUUGGUACUGGUGGGCGCAGCGGUCGUGAGCGCACAGUUCCCCAGAGAAUGUGUGACACCAGAGGGACUCAGGAGUGGACAGUGCUGUCCGUCCCCCCAAGGAUUUCCUAAUGACCCCUGUGGCUCCGGCGCGGGGCGAGGACAAUGUGUGUCUAUUGCGGUGGACGCUCGUCCACACGGGCCCCAGUACCCGCACGAUGGACGGGACGACAGGGAGCGAUGGCCUAUUCGUUUUUUCAACCGCACCUGUCAAUGCAAUGGGAACUUCAGUGGUUUUAACUGUGGACGAUGCAAACAUGGGUGGACAGGGGUCAACUGUGAUCAGAGGGUCUCUGUGGUGAGGAAGAAUGUGAUGCAGCUCAGCAAUGACGAGAAGCGCGCGUUCGUGAACGCCCUGGACCAAGCCAAGCGCACGGUGCACCCCGACCUGGUGAUUGCCGUGCGGCACUACUCGAACAUCUUCGGCCCCGACGGGAACACCACUCAGUUCGAGAACUGCACCAUCUACAACUACUUUGUGUGGUCCCACUAUUACUCGGUCAGCAAGACAUUCCUGGGCGCAGGCCAGGCCAGUUUCGGAGGGGUGGACUUCUCCCAUGAGGGCCCUGGUUUUGUCACCUGGCAUCGGUUUCACCUGCUGCAACUAGAGCGGGAUAUACAGGACAUGUUGCAAGAUCCGUCUUUUGCCCUACCCUACUGGAAUUUUGCCAUCGGUGGAAACACAUGUGACAUCUGUACAGAUGACCUGAUGGGAGCCCGAAGCAGUUUUGACAUGAAUUCUCUGAGCUCCAAUUCCAUCUUCUCUCAGUGGAGGGUCGUGUGUGAGAGCGUAGAGGACUAUGACACACUGGGAACCAUCUGCAAUAACACAGAGACAACUCCCAUCAGAAGAAAUCCAGCCGGAAAUGUGAACAGGCCCAUGGUCCAGCGUCUCCCAGAACCCCAGGAUGUUGCUGAUUGUCUGCAAGUGAACACUUUUGACACGCCACCCUACUACUCUACCUCCUCUGAGAGCUUUAGGAACACAAUCGAAGGUUACAGCGCCCCCAAGGGGAACUAUGACCCCAUAGUGAGGAGCCUCCACAACUUGGCUCAUUUGUUUCUGAAUGGAACUGGAGGGCAGACUCACUUGUCCCCCAACGACCCCAUCUUUGUCCUGCUCCACACCUAUACUGAUGCCAUAUUUGACGAAUGGUUGCGGAGACACGGUCCAGAUUCAUCCGUGUAUCCUGAUGAAAAUGCCCCAAUUGGUCAUAACAGAGCCUACAACAUGGUGCCAUUUUGGCCUCCGGUGACUAACUCCGAGAUGUUCGUGACUGCCCCUGAAAAUCUCGGCUAUUCUUACGAAGCUGAAUGGCCAGGUCAGCCUUUCUCUCUGACUGAAAUCAUAACCAUGUCGAUAGUUGCCGCCCUUGUGGUCGUCGCAAUCAUUUUUGCCGCCACCACGUGCGCCGUGCGAGCCAGGUCCAAGAUGGAGGGCCACCAGCCUCUGCUCGGGGACCAGUACCAGCGGUACGACGAUGAGAAAAGCCAAUCAGUGGUCUAAGACGGCUGCUUGAGAACAACUUACGUGCCUCUUCUUUUUUCGUUUUUUCCAGUAAGAACUACGUAGUUUGUUCAUCUGAAUCUGUUCUCAAUAAAAAUAAAGUAUGUUUUGCAAAAACUGCUAUAGUUUACAUACAUACUUUGCAGUCAGAGUAAGUCUCCCGCUCAUAGGAAUGUUUCCAGAGUUAGACAUAACCAGAUGAAUUUUAAAGGUGAUCCUGAGUGUUUUGCAAUUUCUCUUUAAAGUUAUAGAAAGUGUGAUAUCACCCAUGCAAUAAAAAUGUAAUAUAAACUCCAAAAUAUAUAUAACCAUUGUGUCUCAGUUACCUCUUAAACCAGUUUUAUGUGCCAUAAUGUCCAUCAGGAGGUGCUGUAGUUCAAGCUCUGAAUCUUUACUUGAACAAAGUUUUGCUUUGUUUUUAUGACUUGUGUAGAUAAAAGUGAAUAUACCUAAAAUGGUCUUUAAAAAAAAACAAUAUAUAAACCAAGGUGGUAAUUCAGAACCUGUAGCUGGUGUAUACAUAUUUCACUUUGUUUGAGUUUUUACUACCAAAUAUUAAAAAGUUCCUGUACUAAUGUUACUGU